UGUGUGUGCUGUUAUUUCAUCUAUUUUCAACCCCAUGUCAUGUCAAUAAGUGAAAAAUGUACAAAACCCUUUCUUUAAAAAAUUUGUACAACUGUAACAUUUGUUUUGGUUAAUCAAUAUUUCAAGCAUUUUCCUCAUACCAGGUCACUUCCUGGUUUAUUCUCCUGACAGACAGAUAAAGAGUCUGUGUGUCACUGUUUGUAUUAGUUACUGUGUAGAGAGGCUGCAGUAUGUCGCUCUGUGUGCCGCUGCUGUUGAUGCUGCUUUCAUGCAGCUCCCAGGCGACUCAUUUCUUUGGGACAGUGAUGACCUAUUACCCAAAAGCGACCAGCACCAGUGGAUCUGUCACGGUGGUCCUUCGCUAUAAGCUGAACUUCCACUCAUGUACUGAUGUGGACACGUGGGACUGCUUGAAUGGGAACUGUGGGAGCCAGAGUUCUUUAGUGCUGAAUAAAGUCUACAGUGAGAGCAGUGGAGAGUGGUGCCAGAGAGAAGGAAUCAUGACUCAACAGGUUCCCAGCAACACCCUGUUUCACCUUUGGUUAGAUGGUGGUAACUGGAUAAAUAACAUCGUAAAUGGCAUUAUAUCAUGGAGAGCUGUGACUCAGGUGGAGCUGAGGAACCGGUCAGACACCAACAAACCCAACAGAUCACCCCAAACCACCGUACUUCCAGCUGUGAGAGUUCCUUCAAACUGUCAGAGAGAUUUCAACCUGCUGGCGUUUGAUCCUGAUGGAGACGAGGUUAAAUGCAGAUAUGGAAACACAUCACUGUCAGAGUGUAACCCCUGCACACCAGCGUCUGUUCUCAACCUCUCAUCAUCUUGUUCGCUGUCAUUCAGCCCCACCAAUAGCAGUAAUGAAGGUCCGUACGCCGUACAGCUGGUGAUGGAGGACUUUCCCAGGCAGACUAUCACUCUGAUUCAAACCAACGGAGUGCUGGUGAUGACAACUACCAACAACUCUCUCAGCAAAAUACCUGUCCAGUUUGUUUUAAAAGUGGACCCAGUGGUCCCAUCCUGCACAGAGGGACUCUAUCUGCCCAAGUUUCUGCCUCCAACACCAGCCAACAGAGCUCGGCUGUACACUCCUGUCAAUCAGACCCUGGAAAUCAGCAUCAAUGCGCAGGCAAAUAUCUCCACUUCAACAAAGUAUCACUCUGAGCUCCGAUGUGUCCUUGUAAGCGUUGGAAACGAGCCAUCACCAACUGCAACCCCAGAAACUCCACCACCAUCAAUCGUCGUAGGUCUGAGAGUGAAGUUUUCUGUUCCCUUUCCGGUGUCUGAUGACUACAUCAGUAAUAUUGUCAUACAACAGUUUAAAGAUGAACUCACGAGACUAGGCCUCCCAACAGACAUCGCUCUGAGCUUCGUGAAGAGAGUGUAACUGGAAGUAUCAACCACAGCGCCACUUGCUGGUUCAACUUCAUCAUCUAAGGACUCCUGCAGGGAAAUUUUGUUGAGCUUUUCUUACUGUAUUUUUAAAAGAAAUAGCAUUUUAAUCAUGUUUGAUCAUCAAGCUUCAUUUUUUAUAUAUAUAUUAUAUUUGGGGAAAUGGGCAUAAACAGGAGUCACAAGUUUUUGGAUUUACAGCCCGUGUGAGUGGAACCCUAUUAUUUAAGGCACAUUUGCAAAUGAGUCCUGUUGAAAAUUUUUGGUGGCAACAUAUUAUCACAGUCAAUAGAAACAUUCUUCACCCAGGAAACAAGGUUAAUUCAGUAGCUUUUCUGGAACUUCUAAUCAUAUCAAAUCAUCUUAUGUUCAUUAAAGUAUGUAAUUGGUCAUGUUCAGUUUUUUUUUGUAAACCUUUACCACUGUUAUUGUUGGUGUAUACAGUGAUGAUUUGGGUUAUAUAAUCAUGUGUCAUACACCUUUGAGUCUUUGUUUUCUAACUUUAUUACCUCAGAUAUCUAGGUAAAGGCUUUUUAUGUUGACUAGAUGACGAAAAGUAGCUGGUUUCGGGGACGGCUGCUGUGUCUCAAGCUCCUCCCCACAUUGGCUUUUUUUACUCAUUUUUUAUUGUAUUCAAGCUUUAUUUAACUGUAAUAUUCCCAUUGCGAUUCAAGAUCUCUUUUAUAAGGGAGUCCUGGCCAAGAUAAUUCAGAUAAAAGAAAAAACUGUCUUAAACACUUGCCCGUGAUCGAAGGUUACAACUACUAAUAGAGACAGUUUGGAAUCAGUAGAGAACAUAAAUAAGAAGGCGGCUCGUGUAAUAUGGCCUUAUAGAGAGAAAAACAUACCAGUGCUCCAUUCUACGACUCUAUAAGGAAGACAACUUACUCAUACAAUGAUGUACAUUUCUUGUUUCAUUCCUAUAUUUUAAUUUCUGGACCAUUUUAUGUCUUAAAUUCCCAUUUUUACCUGACUUUCUUUAAAUAAAGUGCCUGAAAUGAGCCAGUUCUCACUGAUUUUCAUCCACAUGAGUACCCUUACUUCUUGAUGUGUACUGCCACCUCCU